CAGCCCGUGGCCGGAAGGGGCCGUUGCCCCGAGUAAUUGCAACUUCCGGCUUUCUGAGUUUGGCGGCGGGAAAAACCAUGAGUAAAGGCCGGGCGGAAGCCGCGGCGGGAGCCCCCGGGAUCCUGCUGAAAUACCUGCAGGAGCAGAAUCGGCCCUACAGCGCCCAGGACGUGUUCGGGAACCUGCAGCGGGAACACGGACUGGGCAAGGCGGCGGUGGUCAAAGCGCUGGAGCAGCUGGCCCAGCAAGGCAAGAUCAAAGAGAAGGUGUACGGCAAGCAGAAGAUAUACUUUGCAGACCAGGACCAGUUUGACAUGGUCAGUGAUGCUGACCUCCAAGGCCUGGAUGCCAAAAUCGUGGCCCUUACUGCUAAGGUGCAGAGCUUGCAGCAGAGCUGCCGCCAUAUGGAGGCUGAGCUGAAGGAGUUAACAAGUGCCCUGACCACACCGGAGAUGCAGAAGGAGAUUCAGGAGUUAAAGAAGGAAUGUACUGGCUACACCGAGAGACUGAAGAACAUCAAAGCGGCCACCAACCACGUGACUCCCGAGGAGAAGGAGCAGGUGCACAGAGAGAGGCAGAGGUACUGCAAGGAGUGGAGGAAGCGGAAGAGGAUGGCAACUGAGCUGUUUGAUGCAAUCCUUGAAGGCUAUCCCAGGAGCAAGAAGCAGUUCUUCGAGGAAGUGGGGAUAGAGACAGAUGAAGACCACAAGGUCACGCUCCCAGACCCCUGAGGGCGCCUCCAGGAACGGGGCGGAACAGGGCUGUCCCGGACUAGCCGCCUUGUCUAAGUCACCUUUUUUUGUUGUGUCCGCUGCUGCCCACCCUUGGGCGUACACCGCGUGCCGGGUGGAGGGGGCGAGCCCCAGGGGCCCGGAGAGGACAGGCACACUCAUUUCAUCAUCCACGUUUCAACUGUUUGAAUUUAACACUUAGACUUGGACAACGCUCGAGGAAAGCAUUUGGCAAUAUUUAUUGUUAUAUAAUUUGAUAUAAAAAUAUUUCAUUUCCUCUGGAUAAUCAAACCUCCCGGACAUCAAAUCUGAGGAAGGCAAAAGGGAACUCGGGGGGCAAGAGUAAAGAGAGGCUACUGUACACGCAUUCAGGGAGCCGGGCCUCACCCAGGACUGGCCUGGCCCCUCUGCUCCGGAAGACCCGGAGAGUAGCUUCUCCAACCCCUUCCCCCACCCCAAGUCCUGGGUAACUUCUCAUGCAGGUGGCACCGAGACAGCCGAGAACCAGAUACACUUGACAGGCCACAAGUGGCCUUGAGGCCAGUUAGUUUUCCAAAAUUAUAACGUUAGCAAAAUUGCAUUGUUGUUUAGAAAAAUUAAAAAAAAA